GAAUGGAAAAGGAGAGUUUAGCAAAGUCCGACUCUAUUAUAGUGUCAAAAGCUUCGCCAGCGUACUGUAAGCCAAUUUAUUACGAUGACUUCCUUGGGGUUAUACGUGUUCCUUGCGUUGGCCGUUUGUGUAGCGGCUGCCCCGCAGCCCAAGAGUGUAAUCGAGUUUGGGGACAUGAUCCGCUGUCUGACGGACCGUAACAUUAUCAGUUCUUGGUUGGACUACGAUGGAUAUGGCUGCUACUGCGGCUUCGGUGGGACAGGCACUCCCCUGGAUGACACAGACAGGUGUUGUCAAGCGCAUGAUAACUGCUACGACGUGGUCAUGAAGUCUGGUAAAUGCCCAUACGAGAGCCACGUGUACAUUAUCAACUACGAUGCUACAAUUGAGAAUUGUAGACAGCCUGAUGCAGUGGUAACAUGCAAAAGGGCUGAGGACUACGGAUUCCUGGACAGCCCAUGGAGCGAGUGUGCGGCGGCUAUGUGCGAGUGCGACCGCGCCGGAGCCGAGUGCUUUGCCGCCAGUCACUACGACACGUCUUUGAAAAACUGGUCACAGGACUACUGCUAAGUCUAGUCACAAGCUUCGUCAUGUACGGAUUUCACACGCGCACAUUAUUCGGGAGGGACUGAACAAAAUUUACAUGUACUUAAAUUUUAAAAUGAGAUUUUAAAGUUGUUUGAUGUAUGGGUGACCCUUGAAGGACACGUAGUCUUCUUUUAUCUUGUCAACUUUUUAAGACGUCGUAUUAACCUCGUAUUCUUUGAGAUAUGGGUGUUUUUUUAAAAGAAAUGAAACUUUUUAAAAGCCAUCGCUUGUUUCCUUAACUUUGAUUUUUAUUCAUUUUAUUCGACGGAAUUCAUUUAUGUAUAAAAUGGAAACACUAGUUUUGUCCAAGCCAUGGGACUUUUUCGCAGGUAAAAUAGUCUCUUGAAUUUAACUAAUAUUAUUUCUGUCAUUUUAUUUCAAAUGUAAAUUCGAGGCCACCAUGAAACAAACAUUACCUACAAGAGUCAAAGACAUGCUAAAUAAAUAUUGCUUGCUGAGUCAUUUAAGUUCGUGUUGAACAUAUAAACACUAAGAAGUCAACAGAGCUGUUGAUUUGCAAAUAA